AUGCUGUUACAGCAAGUGAAAGUACCACAAAUCCAUCCCACAAAUCGUUCUCAUAUGAAAUAUACAGCCUAUAUGGAAAUGUUAUUCAAACAGCAUCCAAGAGCUCAACACCACUGGGCAACUGCACUCAACUUAGUUCAGAAUUCUACAGAAACUGCCAAGUCAGAUUUUCAUGGGUUUCACUCUUCCGUUACCUUAUAUCGAUUUCAUACUAGUCAAUCUCAUAAACUAUAUAAUAAAGGGAAAAUUGUGAGUUCGAACUUCAUGGUCAGUGCGGUUUAG